AUGAAUCCGCUCUCCAGUACAACUGUGGUUUUGGCCAGCUCUUCGUUUGACUUCUACCUGUUUUUGACUGUGUCCGUGUUUGUUUUGUUGAAGGUGAUUGGAGGGUCAGGGCUGCUGUACACCUGCUACACCUCCUGUCACUACUGCUCCUGCCCAGCCUUCGCCUACGCUGUGCUCAGGAGGAACGAGAGCCUGCUGGUGAGCACAGCCAUAAUAAUUUAUUAAUCAUUAAUAGAGCAGACAGCCAUAAACUACAAAGACAUCAUACAAAACCUACACACACACACCACCUGUUCUAGUCAUGCAUAACUGAGCAAGACAAGAUGCGGAAUUCCACCAUUCAGGGUUUCCCCCCCAGAAGGCAGUCACAUGUUGAUCUGUAUACCAGUUGCACUGAGCAGCCAGGGCAUAUUUUGGUCUGGUCUCAUCUUUGAUUGUUUAUUUUUGAAAUGUAGCUCUAAAUAUCUGUUUUUGCUACAACAACUUUGACUCCUAGCUACCCCUUGCAUAAUGACGACUCCAGUCCCUAGAGGGGUGAUGCUAAAAUCAGCCUGAGAAACGGAAAGCAGCAAGAGACUAAAGGGUGGGUCUUCACUGGCAUAGACUGAUCCCUUACCCAUGAAAUGCAUAUCAGAAAGAGAAGCAUUCUGUAUAGCAUAAUGCAUGCCCUUUCCAAUCCACCAUUUAUAUUUACGGUCUGUAUCUUUCUACCGUUGACGUCCAUGAGACAAACUAGAUCCUUAUUUGAUCAUUAUUAGCAAGACCCUGGCACUAGUGUUUUCUUUUUGCAUCUCAUUUAAACCUGUUCAUCCCGUAUGAAACCCAGGAGCGCAAAGGCAAAAAUACCCUAAAGACCCAUCAACCCAUCAACCCUAAGCUGCCUCUGAAUAUUUCCUUGAAUACAGAAUAUAUCCAUACCUCACAGUGAGGUUGACCACACUACUCCCCCUCUCUCCCACAUAGAGACAGAGUUGUCUGUGUUGUUUUAAGGGCACUGCAGACCCUGUCAUCGUCAUUGCGACCCAGUCAUCGGUCGGUUAGGGCAGACCAGGGGCAGGGCCACAGUCUCACUUUAGACCCCGUCAUCAUCGGCAUCAUGGGUCUACGUCUACCACAUAGAAGUAGGCCACCCUAGUGUGCCACUGGGGGUUUCGCAUGGAGUCUAUUGCCUGGACAGUUUACAAACCAUGACAGCCCUGCCUCCCUGCUCUAGGUCCACAGCCCAGCAGGAGAGACACCACUGUACUGUACUGUUACUCUGAGAAGUAUUUCUGCCCAAUGUUUUUUGGGAAUAUAAUACAUUCUGCCUACCUUAUUACAUUGGUAUGACAAAUACUGACAUCUUAGAGGCAUUAUGCAUUUUUUAUAAAUGUAAUAACCAUAAGUUUAAAAAAAAGUAAUGCAUACAGGUAACUGCCAAAAUAAGGAAACACCAAUAUGAAGUGGCUUAAUAGGGCAUUGGGCCACCACGAGCUGCCAGAACAGCUUCAAUGCGCCUUGGCACAGAUUCUACAAGUGUCUGGAACUCUAUUGGAGGAAUGGGACACCAUUCUGUUUUGUUGAUGGUGGUGGAAAACACUGUCUCAGGCCGCUCCAGAAUCUCCCACAAGUGUUCAAAUGGGUUGAGAUCUGGUGACUGAGACUGACACACACACACCCUUUAAACCCCCUAUGCUCAUUUAAGACCCCUCUUUCAAAGUCACUGAGAUCUCUUCUUCUAGCCACGGUUAGCCAAAAUAAUGGGCAACUGGGCAUUUUUAAUACAUGAACCUAAGCAUGAUGAGAUGUUAUUGCUUAAUUAACUCAGGAACCACACCUGUGUGGAAGCACCUGCUUUCAAUAUACUUUGUAUCCCUCAUUUACUCAAGUGUUUCCAUUAUUUUGGCAGUUACCUGUAUAUUAAUCAUAAUUAUAAGCAUCUCUGCAAACUUGCCUGAACUUGAAUUCUGUCUUUAGUGACACACACACACACAAUGAGAAACGAAAAGCUGCACACUCUCAUGGCUCCAAUGCAAUAGAUUUAAUAAGCUAGUGAACAACUAAGCUGCCUUCAUCAUGGUUUACACACACACGCACACACACACACCAUUGUAUUGUACUGUGACUUCCCUAACAUUCCUCCUCCUGUGUCAGUGUAAGCACAUCCUGGCUGCCUACCUCAGUCAGGCCAUGGGGCUGUCCCAGCAGGAGACCCUGUCUGACCAGCAGAUGUCCAGCAUCCUCUCUGGGAGAGCAGUAAGAACUGACACGUAG